CAGAUUUGUUUGUAGCGUGAAAUAAAGUUGGGUAUUGGAACUGUAGCCGUUAGCACUUAGCGUAGUCAAGGCGAUAAAUGCAAAUAAUAUAAGCGGUUAUUAAUGAUAAAGGUUUCUUUUUUUAAGUAUAGCAAGAAGGAAAAGAUGGACUGGGUAGAAAUGAGUUGUUUGUUGGUAAAAUGUUCAUGGGUAAAGUGGAUAAACAUAGAAACGCAGUUUUAUUAGCCGGAUGCUAACGUGAAAAGUCCAGUUUGAGUUGACGCUUUUUCUGUUUAAACGUUUUCUUCUUGUGUUGCAGGUCCGAUUAAAACAGGACAACUUUAUCUUUAGCAAGAAACCAAUCCGCAGUAGUAUAUAGUAUAGCAUAGCAUUUGCAACAUGUAGUUAAUCAGAAUAAAAAAAUAAAUAAAAAAAAUAAAAAAAAAACACAUUAUUGGCUGGACUAAGGGUGCAUCGAUACUGAUAUCAGGAUUACACACCGCAUUAUCCACCGAGUCGCAUUCGGAACAGAAGAUGGAGGAAGAAGACGACCAUCCCGAAGCUCUUUCAGCAGAGGAUUACGCUGCCGAGGCGAUGGCGGCCGAUCUGGAUCCUUGGAUCGUAUUCGACGCCCGCAAAACUCCCAGAGCCGAGUUCCCAAGUUGGCUCGAGUCCAAUCGGCCCUCGUUGGUGAGCCGCUUCGGGGACGACGUCUCGGGGCCUGUAGGGUGGAUCGCCGUGUACGGCACCAGCCACUGCCCGAGCAAAGGCGACGUCUCGGGCUUGCAGGAGAGCUGGGAAAGACUUCGCUCCAGCGGCCGAGCCAUCACUUUCCAGACCAUUAAAGAGAUCGCACUGAACCACAACGUGCUCACGGGGAAAUGGCUGAUGCACUUGGACACGGGUUUCAAAGUGGACCACGCGUGGGAGUGCGUCGCGAGAGCCAUCCUGGACGGGAAGAUCUCCGUGGCCAAAGUGAGUCCACGCGACCCCAACUCGGACGGCAAGCACGUCAUUUGCGUCUACAACCAGAACUUCGCUGACGAGGAGCAGGUGAUGCAGCUGGACGCGGCCAUCAGGGCGACGGGCAUCAAGUGUCCUCUGUCUUACAAGCCAGACGUCUACACGUACCUCGGGAUUUACAGGAAUAACCGCUGGAAGCUGUGUCCCACGAUUUACGAGAGCAAGUUCGAUCUGGAGUGCGUGCCUCGCCGCUCACACAUCAUCAACAAAGUCACCAACUUGGAGGUCACAUAGGCGGACGAUCAAAACUCCAGCAUUGUGGACUGUCCUGAGAAUACCGAAGAGAGUGUUUGUUUGAUUGUUUGUUUGUUUGAUUGUUUGUUUGUUGUUUAAUGACCUGUUCAAUUUAAUCUUCUCUCGUUCACCUAAAAUUGUUCUCUUAACUUUUCUUACCAAUCUGUUUUUUUGUUGUUGUUUUUUUUUUCCUCGAGACUUUUGUCUGAAGUCAGUUUUAAAGAGAUCGUACCUAAUUUACAAGCAACUUCAUCAUCUCUGGUUUGCCACAAUGCUAAUUAAAACUUUAAUAAUUUGUGUUUAAUUAUUAAGGAGCAAAAAGAUAGCACCCCUCGUGCUUAAUAAACAUGUGUGACAAACA